AUGGCUGAGCUCUUCUCCGCCAUCACCUUUUGGCUUAGGGCAAGCCUUGCCUGGCUGGGGGACUUGGUCUUUGUGUCACUUUGCACGGCGGCCCGGAACUUUGUGGGCCAGCGAAUUCACUUCCUCGACGCCGUGAUGGCCGAGCUGGGAGGUGACUAUGGUGGAGUGUGGAGCAAGUGUCCCGUCUGGGAUGGCUCGCCGCUGACUUGGCGCGCCUUCAAGCGCGAGAUGGGCUGGUGGACUUCCUCGCUGGACUUGGAAGGAGAAGAGUUCAGCCCCGACGAGCUGGAGUACCAGAAGGCGGUCAAGGCGAAAGACCCUGAGACCGGCGAGGAUGUCACGAUCGUCGAAGAGGACCUCUUGGCCGGACUUAAUAAGCUUAUGGCUGCCUUGGAAGGCCUGAACGGCCAGUCUGUUUUGGACCGGCGAGGGGAGCUGAGGACCCAGUUCUACUUGCACCUGGCGCGACGUCCUGGAGAACGAGUUGCUGACUACGCCACUCGGUUCAGGACGGUUGUCAGUGAUAUGAGAUCAGAAGGUGUCAAGCUCCCCGACACGGAGGUGGGCUGGUUCUUCAAGGAGAAGCUCGGCCUGGAUGCUCUUCGACGACAGCUGUUGGACACUGCCCUUCAGGGUGCCGAGGCAUAUGGGACUAUUGAGUCCGAGUGCCUUCGACUUUUCCGUGACCUUCAUCUGCAAGACCCGCUUUACCGGAAGCUUGAGAAGGGCAGUGGGAAAUUAAGUAUCAGGAGAAUGUUUGCAUCGGCGCCUUCGGCAACCCCAUCUACUGCUGCAACCUCCUCGAAUACUUCUUCGCGGCGUCCCUCGACUUUCUCUACUGCAAGUUCCUUGGCUGGCUCGCGGAGGGGACCCCCGAGACAGGUGCAUGCGACCGAGACGGAGGAGCCCGAAACCCUUGAUGAGACGGCCGUGGACCAGACAGAGGACGAGGCUGCGGCGUCGGACCAGGCUGGCGAGGGCAUCUCCUUGGAAGAGGUGCUGCAGACAGAGGUGCAGUGCUUGGCCCAGGAGAUAGCGCAGGCUGAGGAGGAGGGCAUCGACCCGGCGUUCACCGAGGCCUUGGAGACGGAAAUCGAGGCGUCGGCGGAGGCUUUGGUGAGUAUGAGGGAGGCACGCGUGAAGCUGGCUGAGGUUCGCAAAGAUAGGGGCUACAAGGGCCCUGCGUUGAAUGCCUCAGCGGCAGCCAGUGGAGGCAAAGGCCGGGGCAAAGCAGCGAUAGCCGCCAAGAAGGCGUCUGGCAAGCAUCUUUGUUUCGACUGUGGUCUCUCAGGCCAUUGGAGCGGCGAUCCAGAAUGUACCAAGCCUGGGGCUGGUUUGGGCCGGGCCAAGGGCAAGGCCGCGCCGGCAAAGCAGGUGCGCAUUGCUGAGGCUUGCGGAGAUGCCAACCGUACCGUGGCGGAGGUUGAGACCUUGAACGCUGGCGAGAAUGAAGUCCUCAUGGCCAUGUCCCUCUCGGCGGCAUUGCGGGCUGGCAGUUCUGGGCAGACUUCCGAAGCUUUGGUUACGAGCGCGCUGGCAAAGGACAAGGCGCUGGUUGGUGCUUUGGACUCGGCGUGCAAUAGAACUUGUGCCGGUGAAGAUUGGAUGCAAGGCUAUUUGCUUGAGUUCCAGGCCCUGGUCAAGACCGUUGAGGAGCAAGAGAACUUUAAGUUCGGCAACGGCGGCACCCUUCCGAGCAUGACGCGCUACCGGGUGCCAGCAGUGAUCUCCGGGCACUUGGUUGGGAUAUGGAUCUCAUGUGUGCCUGUUUCUUCCCUAGGCUUACUUCUCGGUCGAGAUCUUUUGGAUGGCCUCGGCGGCGUGCUGGACUUUAGCCAAAGAACUUUGACGUGCAAGUUGUUUGCCAACCGGCCGCCCGUGGCCUUGGAAAGGUUGGCCGCUGGACAUCUCUCUCUCGCCUUGAUCCCUGAGCAGUGGCCGGCCGUGACCCAAGGUCGUUGGAGAAAACUGGGAGCCGACGGUGUCCUCGAGUGUUGCAUUGGGUGCGCUGAGUGGGCUGCUCACUUGUUGCACAUGAACCCCAGAAGAGAUUCCGAAGAUGCACCCCACAGCCACAACAUGACCGAAGCAACCCUUGAGCUUGGGAGAUUGGCUUUUCAUGCUGUUCUUUGCUCUUCGGCCCAAAACUGCGAGAUGACUUUUGCUGAGCAGCCACAGCCCUCGACUUGCACCACGGCCUUUGGCCCCACGGUGGGCAAUGGCGGCUCCGAGGCCUUCGGUGGCUCCCUUGAGAACAGCUCGUGUGGAACCUCGCGACCUGGAUCCCGACGACUUGGUCGGCGUCAGGUGGCGGAGGAUGAUGUUGCGAGCGGCGAGAAGGUCUACGACUAUGGUGCGUCAAGCAUCCCGAGCUGCGCUGGAGUGUUCAGUCAGGGGACCUUGGCUUCUUUGACGUGGUUUCGCAGCCGCGUCGGCUUGAAGUUUGCGUUCCUGGAGGAUCCGGUGCUGAGUGGGAUGCUGGCUGCGCGCUGGCAGCCAGGCCGGAUGAACCGCAUCAAGAAUGCAGCCAUCAAGGAGGAAGCAGCAGCAUUGGCGCGCGAGACAGAUCGACUCCGGGCAGCCCGUACGCUGCUUGGGCCAAAAGGGGGGAUACCCACGCUCAAGGCCGACCUGUUGAAGCUCGCAGCCCUCUUGCACACCGAGGUGGCCGACAAGGACACGGUGAAGACCAUCAGAGACAAACUGCGGCCGCUGGUGGCCGAUCUUUGUGCAAAGGUUCCUUUGCCGGCGACCUCCUCCAUCGACUCCGGCGAGCACUCCGAGCUGGCGUUGGCGGGACCUUCGGCACGACCCUCGACGAACGCAUCGUCAGGGACUAUGUCACCUGGGCCAUCCGGGACAGCAACCGCGGCCGCUACCUCGACAAGCGGCCCACUCAACGAUGCCAUGACUGUUGCCAUGCUGAACAAUCACCUGACCCAGGCCAUGGAGCAGCGUUUCCAGGAGCUGGGACACCGCCACGAGGCCAUGCUCAACCAGGUCAUGCACCACAUCAUGCAGAUGCACGCGAGCCAGAACCGCGACGAGGACAUGAUGAACAACGAGUGGGAGCUGGCCCCGCAACCGGCCUCGGACCCUCGCCUCAGCCAGCCAGGAUGCCUCGAGGUGCGUCAGGCUAUGCUAACUGAGGUGGCCAUGCAGUACCGCAAGGCGAUCCACGAUGCCUUUGUCAUGGAGAUCCCUCUGCUGUGCACGGACGCAGUGGGCUUUAACGACUCGGUCGGGCGGUGUGCCAGAACUCGUGGGCACAUCACCGGCGCUAACCUUGGGCCGGAAGCUGGCUGGGAUUUCCUACAGCCUGGCCACCGACAGCAAGCUCUACGACUACUGCAACGCGAAAAGCCUUACUUCGUGACGAUGGCCAUCCCCUCGGUGCCGUGGAUGUUUUCUUCUGUUGCCCUGUCUUCCCGGGAUCGCCAACGCCAGCAGCUACAACACCUUUCGACCGCUGCUCGCUUCGCCGUGCACGUCGCCAAGCAACAGCUCAGGGGGGGGAGACAUUUCGUGAUCGAACACCCGCCGGGCUCUCUGCUUUGGCGUCUUCCUGGUGUUCGUGCACUCAUCGCGGACCCUCGCUGCCGCUGCUUUGGGCUGGAUCUGGGCCGUUUUGACUCGCAAACCCUUGGACAUCGACGAGUACGGUUUCCUGCGACUCAACUUUUGACUUCUAGCCAAACCGUGGUGCAUCAGUUUCGUGGCAAGCCUGGCGAACUUCCAGCUCAGCAUGCGCGACGUGAAGUGAAGUCAUACCCCCAGGCCUUCUCCCGAAAACUGGUGGCGGCUAUGGAGGAGGAAUUUGACUGGGAGACCUGUCAGCUGAAGGGUGCAGUUGGUGGCCAUGAAUGUCUCGAGUUGGUCGGAUCCAGCGGGGCAGUGGACUUCGUGCGCGAGGCCUUGUCUGAGGAGCUCCAGGUGGGUGAGCAGAGCGAGUCGGAGGACGAGCCGGAGACCAAGUUCGUGGGCGAGAUCACGCCAGCUAUCCGGGCGGCGGUCAGGUGCCCCUCCUGCGGCAGUUGGGAGCUCAAGUGCGAUGUGUGCUUGGAGCGCAGCCGUCCGAAAAGCCGCCGUGUGGCUAGCUUGCCUGCUCCGCGAGCCGUUGGGGAGCGGGCUCACCUAGACCUGCUGAUUGUGGAGGAUUCCAUUGGCGCGCCUUUUGUGGUAGCUCAUGCCACCGACGCGGUCUCCAAGUACCAGCUGGCAGCCCGCAUCCCAAACAAGUCUUCAGCUGCGGUGAUUGACUUCAUGAUGCAGUAUUGGUGGCCCAUUCUAGGUGCGCCGCGGCAAAUUAUCGCGGACCAGGGCCGCGAAUUCAUCAGUGCAGAAUUCCAAACCUUUUGCUCGGCUCACUCCGUGCACCUCUGGCACUGCGCCGUGCAGGCGCCGUGGCAGAACAGCCCGGCCGAAAGAUCAGGAGGCAUACUCAAAACGCUGGUGGCCGCCAUCGUCACAGACAAUGUCGUCCUGGGAGACCGAGAGAUCUCCAAUGCCAUCGGAGAGGCUUGCUCGGCCUAUAAUGCAGAUGUCAAUGAAGAAGGCGUGACGCCGCUUCAAAGCGUCACAGGUCGACAGCCCUCCAGUCAGGGCUCAGUCCUCCACAAUUUCUCUGGAAGGCUGGCGGAGCACGGGUUGAUAGAUGCUGAGCCGUCCCUCCAGCAGCGAAUGGCUUUGAGAGAAAGCGCCCGCAUCGGCAUGAUCAGGCUCCAUUAUUCGAAGGCCAUUCGCCGUGCUGAACUUGCUCGAAGUCGAGAGCCGACCAUUUCCCGCUCAAUACAGCCAGGUGACACUGUGUAUUUCUGGAGGGCUCAAAAGCUAAAUCGCCGGGGCGACCCGCGGCUGUCGACUUCCUCCAGACGGCGCAGGCUGGAACUCCGUCGUUGGCACGGGCCGGCAAUCGUGUUGGCUCUGGAGCAGAGUUCAGAGGACAGCGCCGUCACCAACGCCUUUUUGUCCUUCAAAGGUCAAGUCACGAAGUGUGCGCUUGAACAUGUGCGCCCGGCCUCUACGCUUGAAGAGCUGUCCGCUGGCGCCUGGGAAGAGGCAAUCAAGGAGCUGACUUCGACUGGCCGCACGCCUUUGGAGGACCUUGGUCAGGCGGCCAGUGAUGCCGAGUCUGAUGAGAGAGAGGAUCCCGAACUUCCCGAACCACCAAUGCCUGGCGCGGUUGCUCCCUCCACCUUGGCAGCGCCGCCCUUGACCGCUGCGCCUGGGACGCCAGUGGGUCACUUGGUGCGCCGCCCCGUGAUGCAGAACGCCCUUCGACGAGCUCAGGGACAGCCGCUGGCUGUGGAGUUGGGAAGGCAAGCUCUUGUUCGAGGCCAGCCGGCCGACUUUGCCGCCGAGCUUCGUUCGUUGAUGGAGAGAGGACGCAAGCGCAGCGCCAGCCAGAGUGUGGAACCAUCUCUUUUGCUUUCGGAGGAGCCGGUGCCUUCUUCGCGACGGGUGUCUCCUACAGCGAGCGCUGGUGUUGCGGAUCCUCCUCGACUCUCUACAGAACCACCUGCUGAUCAAGCUUCAGUUGUUGGUGCUGCUGAUCCCCAUCGACCUUCUAUAGAACCACCUGGUGAUCACGUGUCAGUUGCCGGUGCUGCUGAUCCCCAUCGACCUUCUACAGAACCACCUGGGUCCAUUAGCGCUGCAUCUUUGCCGGCUGCUCUGGGUCCUGUAGUUCUGAAUGAUCCGCGGUUGGGGGAAGCGCGUUCGGCCUUUGAAGCCUUGACCUUAGAUCACGAACAGCUACUUCGCUUAGCUCAAGGUGGCGCAGAUCUUCAUCCACUCCUACAAGUUCAGGCUCAAGUUGAAUGUGACCGCUUGCAGGGUUCAGUGUCCGAGAAGGCCCCUGACCACGGAACCUGGGAUGGACGUUGGAGCUUACCUUCGAGUUCGCAGCAUGAGCUUCUUCAGCGACUUGGUGCUCCUUUACCCGCAGGACAACCUGAUGACGUUCAUGAAGUUUGUGCCGCUGGUGGGCGAAAGGAGAAAAUUUGGUCCAAGAUGUCCCCUUCAGAAAGGACGCUGUGGAAGGAGGCCGCAGUUAAAGGCUGGUCUGCUUACGUGGACAAUGACGCUGUCAAAGUGUUGUCGUUGCAAGAGAGCCUCGCCGUGCGCAAGGAGUUGGCGCGCAAAGGGGAGCUGGAUCGAAUCAUGACGCCGCGCUUCGUCUUGACCGAUAAGAACGACGGCCUUAGGACAGAGGGUGCCAACUUGCCUCCAGCCCCGAGUGCUAGGUUGGUGGUGCCUGGCUUCAAAGACCGGGCGAACCUUGAAGGUGAGAUUCGUCGUGAUGCCCCGACAGGAAGCCGUUUGAGCCAACACCUUCUACUUUGCUUGGUGGCGUACCACAGCGCUACUUGGAACCUCUUGGCGGCCGACGUUAAGUCGGCUUUCUUGAAAGGCGAUCCAUUCGUCACCCGAGAGUUGUAUAUCGGCCCCACCAACGAGAAGACGGGCCCUGAAAUUCCAUUACCUCGAGGUUGCUUGGCAAAAGUCCUGAAAGGCGUGUUCGGACUCGCCGACGCGCCGCGCCAAUGGUGGCUAAAGCUGGCCAGCUCCCUCGAGCGGCGCGGAUGGGUUCGCUCGGCACUGGACCAAGCGGUCUGGUUUCUUUGGAGCGGGCCAGAGCGAAAGACUUUGUGCGGGAUGAUCAUAAGUCAUGUCGAUGAUUUGCUGCUUGGUGGCAAUGCCUUGGCUGAGAAGUCCCUGUUGCAGGUGGGAGACGAGCUGGGGUUUCGUGAGGUCACCCGCAACUCCUUCACUUGGUGCGGCAAGUUCUUUGACAAGAAGCCUGACGGCUCGGUCACCCUGAGCAUGAAGACCUACCACGAGAACCUCCGCGAGGUCACACUUUCUAAGAGCAGGCGCUCCGAUGUGGCUGCUCUGCUGACACCCUUUGAACAUCGCCAGCUUAGGGCUGUCUUGGGAAGUCUUCAGUGGUUGGUGGCCCAACUUCGCUUCGACCUUUCCUUCUGCGUGUCAUCGCUGCAGGGAGAGUCUCCGCCUACGGUGGGAACUUUGCUGAGAGCGAACCAGGCCGUCCGGGAGUUCCAGAAGGACUGCAACUUUGAGCUGGUGUUUCGCGGGGUGAACCCGUACAAGGGCGGCCUGAUGGCCGUUGCGGACGCUGCUUUGGGCAACGUCGACUUGAAGGGCUCGUCUCAGGAGGCCCCGCUCACCAAGGUGUACUCCCAGGCCUGCUACUUUAUCAUCUUGGCUGAUGAGGAGCUCAUGGCAGGACGCACGGGAUCGUUCAACAUCUUGGACAUGAGGUCGCACCGCAUCCCUCGAGUGUGCCGCUCCUCGUACGCAGCGGAAACGCUGAGCACAGAGGAGGCCUUUGAUGUGGGCCAGUUGUGCCGAGGAUUUCUUGCAAGUGUCCGGGGACUUCCCUUGCACAAGUCGACCCUGGACUCUUCGCUUAACUCCGUGCCCCUCUGCACCGUCGUAGACGCCAAAGACGUAUUCGACAGGUCCAACAAUGACUCCAACAGUUUCGGCAGCCAGAAAAGUCUAGCUUUUACCAUCGCCUGGCUCCGCAGUGUCCUCAGAAGGCCCAACACCAGUCUGAUGUUUGCAGACGGCGGUACCAAGGACAUGGAUCUCACGCACAUGCGCAGCAUCAUGGCAGCUGGCAAAUGGUCAGUCACCUACAGCCCUGCUUUUGUAAAGCAGGUGUCAAAAGGACAGCGCAAGCGCGCUGCGCCGACUUCGACUGCUGAGCUCAUGGGGGAACCAUUGGAACCUGGCGAUCCUCUGCUCGGCCACCUCCUGAAGCUGGGUGAACAACGUGGCUGGCAUCAUCGCGCUGACAUGGGCAUCAACGUGGCGUACGACGCCAAGAGUUUUCGCUCUCCUGAACCGCGGUUUUCACCGGCCCAGUUCCCACUUAGAAGCACCUUUUGUCGGCUUGAGCUACAGACGGGCCAGGUCAUGUGGCGAUGUCUCGAGCGGGACUGUCGUUACCAAGAUUUGGCAAACCAGCACGAACUCCUUCCUCACAGAGCUCCAAUCCUCGUGACUUUCUUCACCAAGGAUUCUGUACAGUGA